AUGGCAUCUAAUCCACCAGCUGCUUGUUGCACCGUUAGCAUUCAGCAUGAAGGCGAAGCCAAAGGCAAGCUCCAACACAUUGGCGAUGUUGAGGUCUAUAUUUCGACUCCCGAGCGUGCCACCAAACGUGCCAUUUUACUACUCACAGAUGUUAUCGGUCAUCGCUUUAUUAACGCACAGCUCAUUGCGGACCAGCUCGCGGCAAAUGGCUACCUGGUCGUCAUGCCAGACCUGUUCCACGGCGACCCCGUGCUGCUGAACCGCCCUGCCGACUUUGACUUGAUGGCUUGGCUGAAAGGCCCCCGGGCCAUCUGCCCAACCGCGUGGAACCAGUAG